CAUACAUUUUUUUCGCCGUGUCUUGCAAAAUUUUUUUAUAUAUUGUACAAAAAAUAAUUAUUGUAAAUUUUAAAUGAAUUAAUUUAAUAUAGAGUGUAUUAUAUUAAAAAAAAUGAUGAUGGCUCCAUUUAAACGCCAGAGACAACCGAAAAUGACUACACAAGCGCUGCUUGAUUUCGAUUUAGGAGAAAGUUCUUCAGACAGCGAUUUUCGUAUUGAUGAUUUCGAUUCUGACAACUCAAAGGAUGACGAUGAAGAAGGCGAUGACAGAUCUUCUGCAACAUCUUCUUCAUCAAAUGAUGACGACGAUGAUGAAGAAGAGGACUCCGAUAAAGGAUCGGAAGAUUCUACUCUACAAUUGAAACAACUGCUGGCAGAUGCUAGUGAAGAAAUUAGGGUGGAUAACAAGAAUCCGAAAAAAGGACCCAAAACGCCGGAGGUUACUAACGGAGGUGAUAACAUAGAAGAAUUGUUAAGAAAAUUCGAUAGUAAACCUGAAAGCAAACCCAAAGUGCCCACAAAACCAAUAUGUUGUGUUUGCUUGGGCGAUCGCAGUGAUGACACCAACGAAAUUGUGGAAUGUGAUGGCUGCGGUGUAUCAGUGCACGAAGGCUGCUAUGGUGUUAGUGACAAUACCAGCAUAUCCAGUACAAAUUCAACUUGCUCCACAGAGCCCUGGUUCUGUGAAGCUUGCCGUGCAGGGGUAUCGGAACCCUCCUGUGAACUCUGCCCUAAUAAGGGUGGCAUAUACAAAGAGACCGAUGUUGGUAAAUGGGUUCAUUUAGUGUGCGCUCUUUAUGUGCCCGGUGUAGCUUUCGGUGAGGUGGACCAAUUGUCGAACGUGACUCUAUUUGAAAUGCAGUAUAGCAAGUGGGGCGCAAAAGUAUGUAGUCUAUGCGAAAAUUCUCGAUUUUCUCGUACCGGCGUUUGUAUAGGAUGUGAUGCCGGCAUGUGCAAAACGUUUUUCCAUGUGACUUGUGCUCAAGCUGCCGGCUUUUUGACGGAAGCGCACCAUGAGGAUACCGAUGCUGCCGACCCCUUCUACGCUCACUGCAAAGUACAUUCCGAAAAGGAGCUAAUACGCAAACGUAAACGAAACUAUCAUACAUUCCGUCUUCACAUGGAGCAAAAGCAUCAAGAGAAACAAUUACACAAAAUGGAUGACCCUUGUCCGGCUCAAAUGCGCAUCAAUCGCAAACUGCAAAAAUAUCAGAUAAAAUAUGCAGCCCAUAAGCAAGCACGGCCCGAGCCCUGGGUACCCACUCAAAAAAUGUCCAGACUGUUAACAACAUCUGCUUCCGCCUGUCGCCGCCUUUUGGCAAAAGCCAAUGUCAUGGAUGUUGAUGUAGAUUUGUUGGAGCGGCAGGAGGUGCAAGUUGCUGCCAUAACAGAUAUACGUAAGAAAUGGCACAUAGCUCCAGCAUUUAGUGUGGAAUUUGUUGCCUACUAUCUCGAUCGAAUAUCGCGCACAAAAGAAUUAAAAGAACAAUUAGCAUCCAUGAUGACCCGCAACACUACUCUGACGAAAGAACAGGAUACCCUUAGAACGGAGUAUGACUCUCUGCUGGAUAAAAACCGCGAACAUAAGGAGAAACACGAAUCGCUACUAGAUUCUAUAACACAACUUCAAACGCAUAUAACUGCAUUGUGUCCAAACAAAAACCUUAUAAAUCCUCUAAAUAUAGGUAGACCGGCACAACAGGACAAUUUCAAAGCAAAUACACCGCCAGCUAGACCGAUAAGUGUGCCUACAGCUGCCGCUCUCAAAAUGGGAGUAGGAUUUCCAUUAGCACAUUUGGGUCACCCGAACACAAAGGGAGAUGCUAAUCGUCUGCUCAGUACUCACGUCAAAAACUCUCCCUCUCUGCCUGAUACUCAUAACUCUCCUGUUCGCGGUAUGCUUUAUUCGCUGCACAACAAUGCCGCAAAAUCUCCCCUAGUUGCCGUAGAGACCCAUAACUGUGGCAUUUGCAAAAGAUCUAACGAUCAACAUCUCUUAGCCAAAUGUGAUACAUGCAAAUUGUUCUAUCAUUUGGGCUGUUUAAAUCCUCCUUUAACCCGUCAUCCCAAGAAAUCUAAACUUUAUGGUUGGCAAUGUUCCGAAUGUGACAAAUCGGAUCAGUCGGAUGGUGUUCCUGAACUACCUAAGGGUCCGCGAAAAUCACGCACACGUUUCAAUAAAGACGGCAUUAUCGUGCCGUUUAAAUCUUCUCAAAACAGUGAUGAUUCCUUGAAUAACUCGACAACUUCGUCGACAACGAGGUAUGAAUAUAGUGGUGGUGCAGGCCCAACAAAAAGACGUUCCUUAGAUAUUGCAUCAUCAACAAUUUCACCUACCACUUCCUCCUCCGUAACGGGAACGGCAAGUGCGGCUAAGAAAUUAAACCUUAAUAAAUCCUUGCCGAACACUAUAAGUGAAUUAUCUAUAAAAUUGGACAAUUGUCAAAAGUUAAGUCCAAGUAGUUCUGGUCAAAUUACUCCCAAAUUAAGUAAAAAAUCAAAAUUAAGUUUAAAUUAUUCAAAAUCAACUCAACAACAACAGCAAACGAGUAUUAAUACGGAUGCAACAAAAACGAUUGCAAAAAAUAUUAAACAUCCUUUCGAAGAUUCCCAUCAUCCACCUCCAGUUCAGACAUCAUUAUCAAAUGAUGAACCAUUAGUUUUAGUACUGAAUUCAAAAGCAUCAACGCCAUUACCUGUUACUACAGACUACGACCCGUUAGCUUUGCCUAGCAACUUAACAGCGUCAAAAAAUGCAACAACUACAAACAAUAUUAAGUCGACUUCCGUGUCGGAAGGUGUGCCAGAUAAUUCAAAACAAGCCCGCAAACAAAAGCGAAAAGAUAAGCAUAGAAACAAACACAAUUUAUCGUCGGAUACCGAAAAAUCGCCGAACAAGGAACACAAGCGUAAACGCAAAAAGAAACAACAUGAUUUAGAGGCACCUAAUGACACAAUGGCUGGUAUACCGAAAAUUAAAAUAAAAUUCAAAACAUUACCAUUACCGGGUGAAGUGACGCCGGAGGCUCAGUUUUUCUAUGUAUCAGCGGAUAUGGUACGUUCGGCAGAUGAGGCAUCACGACCAGGUUCGGUCGAAACAAUCGAAGAUAUUGCAAAUUUCAUCGAGGAAACUCCGGCUACGUUAAGCAAAACGAAUGCAACAACACCACGUACGGCGGCCAGUAAGACUUCAACACAUUCACCAGUGGCUGCACAUACACCUGCAAAAAAUAUUCCUUCACCACGCAAAAGCAGUCCCCGUAAAUCGGUGCCACCACGUACGUCUAUAGGCCAUAGCGGAGCCGGUGGUUCGGCUUCACGUUCAAAGACAUCCUCUCAAAAUGUCAAUCAAAUACUCACAUGUUGUGUUUGUAACGAAACUGGUGCAACUUCGAAUGCUGUUACAUGUGAUGAAUGUCGCAAACAUUAUCAUUUCACUUGCUUAGAUCCGCCUCUCAAAAAGACUCCUAAAAUUCGGGGUUACUCUUGGCAUUGUGCCGAUUGUGAUCCAACCGAUGAUGAAAAACAUUAAUUCGCAGUAUUUUUUUUUUAAUAUUUAUAGAUAUGUUUCAUUUUAAAUUUUUUAUUUUAUUUUUUUUAUUUCAUUUCCAAAAUUCCUCUUAUCAUUCGAUGACAUUGAUUCAUAAUAAUCGCUUUAAUGAAUCUUUUGAUGGUUAAUUUAUAUAUAUAAAUAUAAAAAAUUAUGUAUCACCACCGAUUUGAGAUCGGUUUUAAUUUUAUUUAAUAUAUUAGUUCUCACAAAAAUAAAUUUUACAUUUUAACAUUUA